AAGCAAAUAACAACAACAACAGCAGCAGCAGCAAGUGUUAAUUUCUGAACAAGGUUGGUAAGAAUGCGGAUACCGGAGGGGCACAAGGACAUGUGGGGUUGGAUGUUGAUGUUGGUGUGGGGGCACACACAGUCAAUCAAUCCCCAUGGAAUGGAAGAGGGAUGAGGAGGAGGAGGAGGGCAUGUACAGUGGAAGGAAGGAAGGCAGUAAGGAAGGCAGGAAGGGAAGCUUAUCUAUCAGUCAGUCCAGUCCAGUCCAGUCCAUCGUCCUCACCACGCAGCUCAUUCGAGAUCGACUGUUGGGACAUGUACUGGUGCUGCGCUGGGAUAUCAUUCUCUAGGUGGGUGGAAAGCCUGAGAGUCUCACUAUUACCGGUAAUCACUGGGAUGGUGAUGGUCUCAAUGAUGAGCAGCAUGAUUGUGGGAUAAGUAGCAGCAGGGCAGGGAGCUUACACUUACAAUUAGAUUAGCCAUGGCAGCAGCGCCUGGAUAGAUACAGGCUAGAGGGAAAGGGGGUGGGUGAGAUUGUUGAAUGGUGAUGGGUUUGAAAGAAGGAAGGAGGGGGCGAUGAUGGCACGCAGCUGGCAAUGGCAGUGGAAAUGUGGCGUCGAAAGGUACUAUCACUGAUGAGGAUAGUGUGAGUGGCUUGAACAGAGGGAGGGGGAAAAGCGAAGCAGCUUAAAGGAGUUAAGUCGCGUGUUCAACUGUCCAGAUAAGACAGAUAAGGGCAUGCGCUCAGCAUUUUAUGUGCAGUAGAGCUUUUCCGAAGUGCUAGUUUCGCUGCGGAGCAUUACAGGCCCAGUUCCUUGUUGCCUCACCCUAGUUCUUGAUAACCUUGAGAGAUGAUGGCCAGCCUGCCGGAGGAGUUUACACAUGGCGAGCAAAGAUUUCAGUCGUUAGAAAAGUGCAGCACGGAGAAUCGAGAGAGGCAAAGCAUAGCGUGCGACUUGUAUGGCACUUUGGUGAGAUCCCGAGCCUCGUUUCCGUAUUUUAUGUUGGUGGCAUUUGAAGCUGGAAGCGUUUUGCGAGCAAUCAUUCUUCUGCUAUCGUCGCCUGUUGCAUGGUUCAUCUACCACUGCAUUUCGGAAUCGGCGUGUAUCAAGCUGCUCAUCUUCGUGACAUUCGUCGGGCUCCGGGUGAAGGAGAUUGAGACUUGCGCCCGCACUGUGCUGCCGAGAUUCUACACUAGCGACCUUCACUGGGAGACAUGGCGGGUGUUUUCCUCCUUUGGCAAGCGGUAUGUGAUUACCGGGAGUCCACGGGUGAUGGUGGAGCAUUUUGCAAAAGAGUACCUGGGUGCGGACGAAGUCAUUUGCACGGAGAUUGAAGUGAGUAGCGGCGGAAGGGCUACAGGGUUUGUAAGGCCGCCAGGUGUAUUACUGAGUAUGGACAAGAGAAAUGCUCUUAAAGCUGCAUGCGACGGAAAAGAUGCACCAGACGUUGGAGUCGGAGACAGAAAGCACGACCAUCCAUUCUUGACCUACUGCAAGGAGGGUUAUGUUGUUCCUGCUGACUCCGGAUGCCAAUCUGCAGCGCCAAAUGGGAGGUUGGCGAAGUCCAUUGUCUUCCACGAUGGGCGUCUGGUGCAAUGUCCAAGCCCCUUGUGCUCCCUUCUGAUGCUAAUCUGGUUGCCUAUAGGAUUUGUUCUAGCUAUCAUUCGCAUAGUCGUGGGUACCUUGCUGGGAAAAAUGCGCAUGAGCUGGCUCUUCUAUGCAUACAAUCUUCUCGGCGUCCGGAUAAGAGUGAAAGGAACCCCACCCACCCAAGCCAACUCAGGCGACCCAAAACUUGGCUUGCUCUUCAUCUGCACGCAUCGCACUCUCCUGGACCCAAUCAUCUUGUCCAUCGCACUCGGCCGGCCCGUGACGGCCGUCACCUACUCAAUCUCUCGCCUCAGCGAGUUCCUGUCUCCGAUCAAGACUGUGGCCCUGACCCGAAGACGUGACGCCGACGCCGCGAUGAUCCGCAAGCUCCUCCAAGAGGGCGACCUGGUUAUGUGCCCAGAGGGUACCACAUGCCGGGAGCCCUUCCUGCUCCGAUUCUCCGCGCUCUUCGCCGAGCUUUCCGACCAGAUAGUCCCGGUGGCGAUGAAGAAUGCCAUGUCUUUGUUCCACGGCACCACAGUCACGGGGUGGAAGGGCAUGGACCCGUUCUUCUUCUUCAUGAACCCCAGCCCCCUUUACGAGGUCACGUUCUUGAACCAGCUUCCCCAAGAGCUGACAUGCUCCGCAGGGAAAAACUCGUAUGAGGUCGCCAACCACAUCCAGCGUGUGCUCGGCGGGGUUUUGGGAUUCGAAUGCACCAAUCUCACCCGCAGAGACAAGUACCGCAUUCUGGCUGGAACCGAUGGCAGCGUUGAGACCACGAUUCCCAAGCUGCCGUAGCAGCAUCUAUCAACCUUCCCCCGAACACACACUCUUUUGUGAUUUCUGAGCUGGAUUUCGAUCACUCAACAUUUCUGGAAUCAAAAUCCACUCGUGUCUCCGAAACAGACGAAUUGUUAUCCAGAAGAGUGUGUGUCACCAGGCCAGGUUUUAGUUCAAGAGAUCUGAGGCUGGUGUAGAGAUUUGAGCUGGUUUGAAUUAAAAAGACCAUGGUCUGAAUCCAGUUCAACCUGCUGCACUGUCCCUAUUCAUGAAAAAUAGAAGCAAGAUUAUUGUAUCAUAAAUUUAACAUAAGCGAGAGUUUGGUCUACCUAUUGGGUCUCCACGAAAAGGGCUUUUUCCUGAAGCACUGAGGUUGUGAUAGGAGCAAUAAAUAUACUUGGGGAGAGCGGCAACAGAAUUUUUCACCCUUCAGAAACAGUCCACUUGGAUUUGGAACCGUUAUAAAAAUUCCAGGUAUUGAAAGACCAUUCUUCGUUUCCUCCCAUGGCGUGUAGACGAGAUUAUAUUCAGUGUCUAAGUGGUUCAUUUUUCCCGUAAGUCCUGAUUGCUUUGAAGCAGGAAAAAAAAUAAACUCUGUAAGGGCAAAACUCGUGCAAAACUUAUAACUCAUGGGUCCUUGUUGACUCCUUCACGGACAAGGUUAGAUUAUUGAACCAGGCAGGCUUCAAUGGUCAUCGUACUAGUGAAAAAAAUACUUAUCGUCAGGGACAUGAUCAACACAGCUCAGUAUUAAUUUGAGAUUCACUCAGGUACUAACUAUACAACGAUUACUGCCCUUCAUUUC